GCAGAGGAGAGUAGAAUAUGAAUAUCUAAUCCCAAAACACAAUUUACAAACCCAUCCCCGACCUCGUAUUUGUUUUUCCAAGCAUGGACCUUUCCAUCAACACACGCACCCCUUACACGCUGCAUCAUCAUCGCUCCGCCGGUUGAGAUGUUCCCGCCGCCGCCGCAGACGACCCUCCCCUCCCUGCCGGAUCUACUCCUCACGGCCCUCUCCGUCUGCUUCCUAGUCUCGUCCUCGAAGCCCCACAUCGGCGGCUCCACCCGCUGCCCCUUCCCGCGUCGCUUCCUCAAAAUCCCCGCCAUGUCCCUCACAAACACAACAACGUCGAAAUCCUCGAAAAACAACAAUCUCAACAACACCCUCCUCCCUCCGCGCCGCCACAGCUUCGCGUCCCCGCAGUCGCUCUCGGAGUGGCUGAAGCCGCGGCUCCCUUCCGAGUCGUUCGCCUCGUGGGGCGUGAAGCCGGGCACCAAGAACGUGCACAACCUCUGGCUCGAGCUCUCCCAGGGGGAAACCUCCCUCGCUGACUCCACCCCUCCGGUACGAACCGUCCACGUCGUCCUCGUUCGCGUCACCGGAAAACACGGCAAGAUCCUUGUAGAAUCGCACCAGGAGUUGUCGGACGGCAACGUCAGGAAGCGCGGGAGGCCCCUGUCGGAGAAGAUGAAGCCCAACGAGGACCCCGAAUCCGCCGCCGUCAGAGGGAUUAUGGAGGAGCUCGGGUCCGCUAUUGGCGGCGGAUUCAGAGCUGCGAAUUUUGAAAUCGAUGACAUUGUUACCAUUGAUCCCAAUUCGUAUGAGAUGAGGGUUGAGGAGCGGGAUUCGGGUUCGUACCCGGGUUUGCCCGGUUGCUACGUUUUGCACACGCUCAGUGCCACCGUGGAGGGUUUGCCCGAGGGGGAUUUUUCCACCUACGAGGUCGAUGAGUAUGGAGGGGUUUUUCAAGACAAAAUUGUUGCGGAUGAAGCUGUUUCUGUUAAGAAGCAUCAUUGGACUUGGGUUAGUGCUGAUUCCAUGCACACUUGAUUCAUAUCAAACUUGUUUUAUUUUUUUUUAUAGUGAGUUUAAGCUGACAUUUUUUUCCUGGGUUAUGUUGGAAGUUUUUAUUAUGGAUGAAAUAUUGAUACCAUUACCAACAGUUUUUUUUUUUUUUUUUACUUGUAUUAUAUAUUUGAGGUAAUAAGGUGGGGGCAAUUAUUAGAGUGAAGCUGCUACUUCUUGUACUUGAUGUCAAUAAAGCACGCUAGUAUAGAAUUUGUUGUAACUAUGGCAUUUCGUGAUUCUCUUUUACUUCACUGUUUUGCA